GAAGUCUCUUGGGAGGACACCGCUGACAAACUUCCCUACCUUUAAAAUUUUGUUUAUUACAUAAACGUCUUGUUUGACAUGGAAAUUAUGCUCAUGUUUCGCUUGAAUUUUGUAUCUUUGGCUUAAAACUAAGAAGAAAUGAUUCAAGUUAGAAACUUACUUGGAAAGGCUCCCGUCGAAACUAUCGCUCAAAAGGUAAAAAGGUGAAUAAUUCGAGUUAUUUGGAGCAUUGACAAGUAUCAGCUAUUGAGCGAACCACUCCUCCGAGCUCACGAGAGUCAAGUAUUUGAUGCGCUAUGGAUAAAGAAGAUGGUCAUUUCAAAGAAGAGAUCUGCACUCUGACGCCGGGUGAACUAUUCGAUGCCUUUCUUCAAACUACCGAUCUCCAGGAGACGCUAGACGUUUUCCGAAAACUUUGUCAAAGCGUCGACGUGAACCCCCGAAAUCACAAGACGCUAUAUGCUUCCCUCAAGUCCAAAUUAACUUCUUGGAAGUGCAAGUCUCUAUGGACGAAACUAGACAAACGAGCGGAACACAAGGACUACAGAAACAAGCCGUGUGUCAAAAAUAAAGUGCUCAUCAUCGGUGCAGGGCCAUGUGGAUUGAGAUCGGCAAUUGAAGCCGCUUUGCUCGGUGCUUACGUCGUUGUCAUCGAAAAACGAGAUCGUUUUUCUCGCAACAAUGUCCUUCAUCUGUGGCCAUUCUUAAUUGUGGACUUGAAAAAUUUAGGAGCUAAGAAAUUUUUCGGACAGUUCUGUGCUGGAGCCAUCGAUCACAUAAGUAAGUAGUUUUCCUUAUUCCCUUGAAUAUUUGUUACUUCCGGAAUCUUAGACGUACUUACCAAAUAUCAGAGUACAUUUUUGCGUGAGAAAUUAUGGAUCGUUUCAGUAUAUUAUACAAAACAGUUCAGCAAUUAUUGCCGAAAAAAUCGAUCGAAUCUAACCAAACUGACUCUUAACUAUCCGGCAAUGAUCGCUAUUUGGUUUUAAUGCUCAAUUUAAGUCAUAAUUCGUGUGAUUUCUAUCAUGCAUCGCAUUACAUAACUUCUCCUGUUCUCCUCAGUGUGUCAUGACAAGAGUUGAGAUGUAUAUUCUCUGUAGUGAAACAAAAUAUGACUUCUACAAUAACCAUUAGUGAUCAUAAAGGAUUCAAACCUUAAACACAGUUGUUUUUCACUCUUAAACAUAUUUUCCUUUGAAGACAACACGACGCUGAAUUAUUUUUUUCUUCUAAUUAACCCAAAGCGCGGCAAUUAACCUUGUAGAGCGCCGUUCCGUCUCAAAAUAAAUUCUUUAGGAAAUAGCUCUGUAUUUCCUUCUGUUUUGUGAGUAUCUCUCAAGUGACCGUUAUAGGAAGGUUCACGAUGAAUUAUCCGUUUGUGAAUUGUCAGAAUUAAUUUCACAAAUUAGAGACUGCAGGUGGCUUUUUGCGAAUCGGUGUAAGAGUUGCAACAAACCAUUCAGCGCACAAAAAUAGGAACGAGGAAAUGAAUAUCUUUCAGUUCUUCCUCAUCAAAAUGCAGUUAUUUGGCUAAGGAUGACUUAGCCUGAUCCUAAAAACCGUGCAUGGAACAAAAAUUCUGUCCCACUGGUAUUUAAACAAUUUGAAAUUAACUACGCCUCUUUUCCUGCAGUGAUGAAUAAUAAUGCCUCUUGUCGAAUUCAGAUUUUUAGAUUAAAAAUCUAUUUUUAGCAUGCUUUUUGAACAAAUUUAGAACCUUUUUUGGAUAAGGAUAGCUCUUUAUUGUUAAAUUUUAGUAAUGCAAGAAUCAUUUAAAGAGGGAAAAUAACUGGUCUAUCAUCAUUCCUUUUAUCAGGAGGCAAAGUGCCAAUACUUUUGAAUCAUUUUAGUUAGCGAUCAAGUGCUCUCCACUUGAGAAGUAAAUUCAUAUUAUUUACUCAAAGUUCACUAUUGAAACAUUUUGAGUAUCUCCUGGCUAAACAAGAUCUUAUCUGUGCUUGUUAAGCAGGUUGAAAUACUCUGAAUACAGAGACAUGUUUAAACAACAUAAUUAAGUAAUUUUAAUAUCAUGUGCCAAUGAGUGGAACUCCUUAUUUCAGGUAUUCGUAGACUUCAAGUUAUUCUGCUUAAGGUGUCUCUCUUGUUUGGAGUACAAGUUUAUGCCAAAUGUGGAUUCCUUAAUCUAGUGGAGCCAACAGAUGGUAAGUCUGUUUUCAUAUUUCUCUCCUUUUACUGUACAGUUGUUUUUCUUGUUUUUGACUUUGUGGCUCCCAUUGUGUUUGACCUCUGUCAUGUUUGUAAAUCAAACUUUUUUCUCAAGUAAGAACCCCUCUCCCUCUUCCUUGAUUGUUUUUAUAGAGUGUUGAUCCUGUUGGCCAAACUAAGUAGUGUGAAUUUACUAAUUAUUAGGUUUACACAUUUAAAACAUUGAGAAAAGUUAUUUUGUCUUAAUGCUAACUGUCUGUGGAGAUCAUUUUGUCAUUUACAUCUCUAUAAUGCUUGAUAUGGGUUUUUUAAUUUCAGCUCAUGGCUGGAGAGGAAACUUUGACUCACCCUCUCAUCACCUCAAUAAAUUUGAUUUUGACAUUGUGGUGGCUGCAGAUGGCAGGCGUGCUGCAUUGAAAGGUUUUAAAGGAAAGGAAUUUCGUGGCAAGCUGGCCAUUGGUAUCACUGUGAACUUUGUGAACAAAAAUUCAAAGGAAGAGGCCAGAGUGGAGGAGAUAAGUGGGGUUGCUUUCAUUUUCAAUCAACAGUUUUUCCAAGACUUGAAAGAUAGCACUGGUAUUGACCUUGAGAACAUUGUAUACUACAAAGAUGAGACGCAUUACUUUGUGAUGUGUGCAAAGAAGAACAGUUUACUUCAGAAAGGGGUGCUCAAAAAGGUGAGUUUAGACUAGGCAUCAGAAUUUAGAAAAAUAAAGUUACCUUUAGAAGAGUAUUUUCAGAGGUUUAGCCAUUUAAUAGUUGUCUCCCCUCAAUUGCUCAAUUGAGCAUCCUUGAGCCAACACAACCCUUUGUCUUUCCCUUCAUGACUUGUUUGUGGUGUUCACUAAGAACCAGGAAACAAUAAAUAGUGUAUUAUCAGCUCUAACUUAUUGCAAAGCAUCAUGGUUUGUGUGGUGUAUAACACAGGAAGUUCUGCUCUCAAACUUGUCAGUCUUGUAUUCAUGUAACGCAUGUCCCAGGGGAUUUUUUGGUUACAUGUAUUGUUGGUAAAUAAAUCUCUGUUGAGUUUUCUUUACAUCUCAUUCAUAUUUUGAACAUGAAAUGACACCAUACACAACAGUCUGAUUAUUUUAACUAGGUUUAGCCACUGUUUAAAUUCAAUACAGCUGAACCUUUCGGAUCAAUAUUAGUAUCUGGGCAACUUCCCACCUACCCCUCCCCUAACCCAACAUUAACCCUGACUUGUUAUCAAUAGACUGUUGUUGGGUUAGGGGAGGGGUAGGUGGGCAUUUGCUCAGAUACUGAUAUUGAUCCAACCUUUCAUUAUAACAAUUAUUUUAAUUUGUUAACAGUGUCAAUAAAGGGCGGCCAAAAGAUAACAAUGGAAAGACAUUUAUUUAAUUAAAUCAAGCCCCUUAAAAAGAAAACCUGAGGUGCACUGCUAGCAUAAAACCAUAGUGUGGGUUAGACCUUAUGUAAAUAAUUGUGGUCUCAACUCAGUGUUUAGCCCAUAGUACUGACUGUUUUUGUUGUAUGACCUCGCAAAGCUGGUCUUCUUGCUUAGAAUACACUUCACUUUACACCAGAAUUUAUCGGUAACUAUCAGCAUCCUGUAAAUAACUUAUUCAAUAUAAUAAUACAACUGUAUAAAACUGAAUAGAAUUGCCUAAAUUUACUAGUGGAAUGAAACUGACCAAUCCUUAUUGACAAACUGCUUAUCAAGAUGCAGUUUUCUGAUAGUGUACAUGUUUUGUAUAGAAUAAAUUAAACUAAUUAGUUUGAAGCUGCUAAGUAUAAUCUAUGUUUUAUAAACAUGAUCUCUCUGAGAAAAUGUUGACAGCAAUGUCUUGUGAACGCAGGAUAUAACAUGAUCUUUAAUAUUUAAAGUAAAUUUAUAACAUAGCUAGUAAAUUUGUCUAAUCAAAUUCAAUUGUGUGAGCAUGCUUCAUAUUCCCAUUGUGCACGCUCAUGACAUCAGCAAACAAAUCCCUUAAGAAAAAACAUUUUCUCUGCAAUUUUUUUACUUUGGAAUUUUACUAUUAAAAAACUGGUUAAGACUUUGGUGGCAAUUUAAGCUAAACGUGGAAAGUUUUGAGCCAGCUGAUGAGGAAGAACUGCUGUUUACAGCCUAGCGAAAUGUUUUCCUGAAACAAAAUUAUCAAUGCGCUGAAGCGUAGCAGAGGAAAUAUUUACCCUUUUACAACAUGUAAACCAUCAGGUUGAAAAUGCUAUAAAACAAUUGGUUCAUUUGUCAGCGUGCAUUCAUUGAGAUAUGAAGCACUUGGGGAGUUUGGAGAGCACUCAAGAAGCUACACAUCUUCUUUGUGACACACUUAAUUACUGCAAGAACUUGAAAUAUAAUUCUUUACCUUCAUUCACAGGAUUUCCAAGAUGCAUAUGAUCUUCUUCAAACAAGCAACGUGAACCAUGAUAAGCUUCUGGCAUAUGCAAGAGAAGCUGCAAACUUUUCCACAAGCUACCAGCUACCUCAACUAGACUUUGCAAAGAAUCACUACUUCAAGGAAGAUGUAGCAAUGUUUGAUUUCACUUCUUUGUACCACUCUGAACAUGCUGCCAAGAUUUAUGAAAGGAGGGGAAAACGUCUUCUAGCAUUAGUUGUUGGAGACAGCUUAUUAGAGGUAGGUUGAAAUGACAUGAUCCUAUAUUAGCCCCAAACUAAUUUCUCUUUAUCCAGGGGGAAAAAGCGUGGGUCAGGAAGGAUUCAUAUCAAGGGCAUAGAGUGAAAAGGAGAAAAUAAAAAAGGCACAGAAGCCUCGACCUGUGCCUGAUUACAAUUUUUUCUUAAUUUUUAUUCAAACUUUGCCAACAUUUCUUUCAAAUUUUGCUGAUAUACAGCUUCUCCUUUGGCUUAAAUAAAGUUUGAACAAGUAUUUCAUAGACUAGCAAGGAUAUUUGGAAGUAUAGUCAAAAUUUUCACGUUUUGUUUAACGUUGGUUUUAAAAUUCCUAUGUUGUGUUUUGGUUUCUUUCUCCAUAAGCUAAAAAUAUUUUUCACACUUUGGAAGUCCAGAAGUUGCAAAUGAGGUUUGGGUAUUGGUAUUAUGAAUUUCUGGUUAAUUAAUUGUGUCAUGUCUCUGUUUGCAGCCAUUUUGGCCAACUGGCUCAGGUUGUGCAAGAGGUUUCUUGGGAUGUCUUGAUGCUGCCUGGACAAUGAGAGGUUGGGGACUGGGAAGGGAACCCAUUGACCUGCUCACAGAAAGAGACAGUAUAUUCCGGCUUCUUGCUCAGACAACUCCAGAGAACAUCUCCAAGAAUUUUGAGGAGUACAGUAUUAAUCCAGCCACUCGGUACCCAAACUUGAACAAGUCAUGUGUCUCACAGAACAGAGUGAAACAUUUGUUUGAUAACAAAAAAGGACCAAUUGACCAGAUGGAUGGAUCUGAAGCAGAACCCAUGGACACAAGUAAAGACCUCGGCGCUAUUGAGGGAGGAGGUGAGAAAAGUCUUGGGAGGGUGGUUCUGGAGGGAAAGGUUAUGAAUUAAUAUUAUGGGAGUAAUUGUUGCAAUUCCCUUUUAAGAAUCCCUGAAAAGAUAAUGGAAUGUCAGUUUAUAGACAUGACUUGCUCCUAAAGGUUACACCUUGUUUAAGCAACAAACAAUUAAUUCCCACAUAGUUUUUUUAAAGAUUACAUCCCGUGAGUACCAAGAUAAGGUUUAGUGACAGUCAUAAAAAAUAUUAAUGUCAAUGUUUAGUUAAGGAGACGUAGAAACAGUCAAGAUCAAUCAUAAUUCAUUCUGAGAUGACAUAGUCUUCUUUUUUAUGAGCUAGUGGACUGGGGCUUUUCAGAAGGUUGCACAGGGUAUGCUUUAAUAGCAGUAUCAGUUCCAGGAGCCCACCCACUGCAGUAUUCCAGGUUUUCUUUUCUUUCUGGAAAGACGCAACUACCUGACUUGCGGUGAUAUCAGGAAUUUUACUGGCUGACCAUUUUUAGUUGUAUUUAGUGAUAUGGUUUGACAUGACUUGCCCCCACUUGCUUAAAAAAGAUAUUUACUUAGUUAAAGUAGGGUAUUUGAAUAUAUUUGACUGUGAACAAAUAGCACAAAAAUAUGUGAAAAUGGAAUUACUGUCAGUAGCAUAGGAUUAAACUUACAUUUUUGCCAUAAAUUUCAGUUCGUUCUUCAUCCUGUUUCAGUAAAUGCAAGAAUGUUGCUCCGAUGGUGUCAAGAGCAAACCAAGAAGUAUAGGAAUGUGAAGAUCAAUGACAUGUCAACAUCAUGGAGAAAUGGCCUUGCUUUCUGUGCCAUUAUUCAUCGCUACAGACCUGAUCUUAUGUAGGAGGGCUAUUACUCAUGGACUAUUGUGUUUAGACAUGCUAACCUUAGCAUAUGUACUAGUUAGAGUGCAUGUUGACUGCAUUCUGUGCAACAACAACAUCCAGUUGUUUUGUAUCUAUGGUCAUUUCAUACUCAGUUUUUACAUACUUAAAGUCAGUUGAUUUGUACCCAGUUUCAUUGGUUUAUACCCAAACUGCUGGAAUCAUAUUUGCUAGGUAUAAAAUUACUGCAGGUAUCCACCUUAAGGUUCGAUAGGAAACUCAAAGUGCAUACCCAUGAAAAUACAAAUUUAUUAAAUGCAUCCAAACUGACUGGAGGUAAUAAAAAGUGAGUGAUAAAGUUGCUCUUGUUUUUACUUAACAUCUCCUUUUUUUUUCUUUUUGAGAAAGUGGUCAAUCACACAGGGAAGUAUAAUCAUACAUGCUGUAAUUGUUUCUCUUCCCUGGAGAACCAUUCUAUGUACUUUUGCAGUAGGUCUUUGAAGACGACAUCCUAGCUGGUAGUGAGGCUCUUAAGAUCAAUGUGCAAAUUAUAAUGAUUGUGUUAUGAAUGUGUUUCAUUGCAGUGAUUACUCUUCCCUGUCACCUAAGGAUCAUUUGAAAAACACCCAGCUGGUGAGAAAAUUUGUCAAGAACAAUAUGUGUCUCCUACUGUGUUGCCUUGUUCUGGAAGAUGAAAAAUUCAUUUGGUCUAUUAUUUCUUCCUCUUUCAGGCAUUUGAUGUUGCUGAGGAACAUCUAGGAAUCCCCCCUCAGAUUUCUGCCAGUGAGAUGGCCAUGAAAGAAGUUCCUGACACUCUGAUGAUAGUCAGCUAUGUGUCACAGUACCAUGAAGUGUUCAAAAAUGAGACUCCAGGUAAGCUGCAUCUACCAUAAACUACUAAAUGUGAAUAUUAAAUUCAGGUAAUAUUUAGUCUUGAUUCAUAUAGGAGCUAAGGAAAGAGUUACUAGAAUAUUUGUUCUUAAUAUCCGUGCUCUUCAGAGGUAAAGUCUGCAUGCUAGAAUGACUCGUGUAGCUUCCAAAUCUUUGAUGUCUCUUACUGAUACCCUAAGAGAGAAUGGAUGGUGGAGAAUGGAAAAAUAUCAAAUGAACCCGCCAGAUAGUAUGAUGUGUGAAGCACUUUCUUAAUAAAACUGUGGUCAACCUUGGGCAGUUAAGUGAGUGUGGGGUUGUUAUUUUUUUGCAGCCGAGAAGACAACUGAACAGUGGGAAUUCAGAGCCAAGUCUCCACUGUCCAAGCUGUCUGUGUUAACACGAGUGUCUCGUCGGACCCACAAGGUCAGUAGAAGUGAUGUGUUACCAAUUCACAAGGAGGUUUUAUUUGGGUUUUAGCUCGGGACAUUGCAAUCCAUGCAAAUAAACAAGUUGUUGAUACGUGCAAUGUACAAUUACACUGAUGUUGCUAUCCAUGCAUAGGCACACAUGUUAAACACUCCCCACAUAGUGCCUCCAGUUAGCCUAAUGAUAGACUUUAACCGUUUAACUCCAAUGGGUGACCAAGACAGAAUUUUUCCUUACAAUAUCGAUAUGAUAUCAACCAGACAAGUGAGGAGAAUAAAGGUAAAUACUAAUUAGGGGAUUAUUAGAUGAUUUAAUACAAAAUUUUCCGUAGGAAAUUUGUAAGAUUUGUGUGGUGUAAGGAAUUACUGAUCAGAUUUUGGGAGUAAACAGGUUAACUACAUAUUCAUACAUUGUUAAUAAUGUCUAUAUUAGUACGUACGUCCUCCAGAGCUCGUUGUAAUUCAGUGUAGUUGUUGUGUUGUGUAUGUAAUGCGUCGCUGUUAUGGACAGAUCUGUUACCUUGCUAUCUGCUAUUGCGUUUAUUAAUUCUAAUAUCCGCCUAAUGAUGUUUAGUUACAAAUCACGCUAAUGACAUAUAUGUACACUUAGGAAAAGUAUACUCACAAUCUUCUGAAGGUCGCACAUCAGUCUGUAUAGAACUCAGAAAACAGUUUAUAAAUGUCCUUUUUUUUUUUUAGGAGAAGAGGCGAAACGAGGAAAUAUUUGAUACGGUGUCGAAGAGAAGAAAGGCAGCGUCCAAGGUUAAGACCGUUAGAUUUUGACGCAUGUUUGGAUAUAGUCAGAUGCUCGUUCUAGUAAACUGUACGUUUUUUAUGAAUUGGUUCAUGCGCAGUUUGCGUCUAUCGAGGGGAAUGGAUGUACAUGGGAAGUUGGGAGAACCUCUAUCUGGAUCAAACAUACGUAAAGACUAAUGUUUUUAUUUCCGUUUGACAACAGGAGAAUGAGGCUCCCACCCCAAUGGACACUUCCGCCCCACAGGACUCUCUUCAGGCCCCCGCAGUCACUACUGGUAAGACGAGCAAUAGAAUCAGCGCUUUGGCUGCGCAAGUGUUUGGACCCACAGAUGGAAAGAAGGUCAGUGUGUACUGAUCUGAUUGUUUUAUUAUUAAAGGGGAUUACAUGAAAGCUAUAGAGUUUUUUUUCUUCUUUUUAAAUAACCUCAAACCUUUGACUGCGACCCCUCUCCAUUCCCCUUCUGAUUUCGAUGAGGCUAUACAAAGACGAAAAGGUUCGGCUAUUGCUGUUAUGAUAUAUAUUACCCCAAAAGGUCAGAACUGUUUAAAUGCUCUCACCUAAACACACCGUUCGACCAAUGAGAAUGCGCGAAGUGUCUUCGUUUAAUUUUUUUCCAAAUUGUUUGAAAUGCGCAAUUAAUGGAGGUGGCAUGCCUUCUCUGCUCAAAGGAGUGGUAAGCAACUGUAGAGCCAGUACAAGUGUGGCCAAGGUGUAGGUGUGUUUUCAGUGGAGGUAGUAAAGAUUAAUAGUACACAAGCAUUUACCCGUCGAGACAAAAGUAGGCGCUAAAAAUAUUCGUCUCAUUAAAUGGAUGUGCGCCUUUUAUGAGCUGUUAAUGUGCUUAGUUUGAUCAGCGAUAGCUGAUACAAAAUACUUCAUUUGCUGUGGACCAGGAUUUUAUGCCUGUGGAGCAAUUUUAGUGCAAUUCUAUUACAAGUAUUUUCAGUCGAAUCAAGUGCGUUUUAUAUGCCUAAAAUUUUUAUAGUUCAGUUUAGUUUAAGUGUAAUUUACAGAAUUAAAGGGUUAAAAUACUUGUCAAACCUCACGCUUUGAAUAGAAUUUAAGGUUGCCUGCGAAGAAAUUUAAAUCGGACUCCUGUACUAGGAGUUUGAAGUAAACCAAGUUCAAUCUUUGUAUCCAAUUUUUUUUCCUGUUUAGAACAAGGUACCUUCACUGAGGGACUCGAGUGAACACUGUUUCUUCUGCAAUCGUCGUGUUUACCUGAUGGAGAGAUUGUCUGCAGAGGGCCAUUUCUUCCAUCGCGAGUGUUUCUUGUGCGAGGAAUGCGGCUGCACGCUCAGGCUGGGCACUUACUCUUACAUCAGCCCAUCAUCAGACCAGGACAAGGGACACUUCCUGUGUCACCUGCACUAUGAUCAAUUGUUGUACAAGAUGCAGGAGGAACCCGCUGGUAUGUAUUCAAUCACUUAUCUCUCGUCUGUCCUUCCCUUAGCUGUAGGCUUGGUUCUGAAGAGAAUGUUUAUUGUAUUUUAAUCUCAGCUCAGCAUUAGCAGUGGCACUUCCAUGGGUGGUUCCUCGUCGACUGUUUUCCAGGUCAAAUUAGGCUUCGAAUUUUUGCUUGCGGGCAGAAACGAAAAACCGGAGAACUCUGGGAAAACCCUCGGGGUAAGGACGAGAACCAACGACGGAACACGACCCACAAAUGCGGCAAAGCUCGGGAAUCGAAAGCGGGUUACGGUGUUGAGAGGCGAGCACAUUACUACUGCGACUUUCACUCUCUUAAGAAAGCUCCCUUUUUUCCUCUUUUUGGUGUGCAGGACCCCUCUCGUAGUGAUUUUUAGUAUUUCAAAAGAUGUUAUCUCUUUUUGUCUCUUUCCUCGAUUACUAGGAAUUAUUUUUUCCUAUUUUGUCUACAGAUGAACAGGAAGUUACUACUAAAGGCAAACCGAAACUUUUGAAAUCUAAAUCUGCUGCACCGGAAACUUUGUUUAAGAAUGUCGAGUUUACAAUCGACCCUGAUGCAGGAGAACCUGUCAGCUAUAAAACCAAAGGAGAGACUGGUGCUCAAAUGAACGGCUAUCACGAAGAGAAAGAAACGGUCACCGAGGAGAAAGAAGAUCGUCAGAGAGAUCGGUCCUACACCUCUGGGAAGUAUCGACGAUUGGAGGCGCGCCCACUGAGGCGGUCAAGCAUAUCUUCUGUACGAAAAUCCGACGCUACCGUGCGUGAAAAAGGCAAGGGCUACUCGUUUGACGAUGGGCUAGACCAGACAGGGGACGGUAGACGAAGAGUUACCCAGCCACUGAAGAUCCCGUCAAGGAAGGAAGUUCGAAAGUUUGAGGCGGAGGCUGAGUUUCGACCGUCCACGCCUGUUGAGCUGAUAGAUGCCACUAAGGGAAUGACUGUCGUGGACAUCGAUAUGGAGGAGGCGCCUGUUGAGGAGAGAAAGAAAAAGCGAGAGGAAGAGCGAAAGAGCGUCAUUGACGCUGUAAAGACAGCAGCUGCUGGCAAAUCUUGGGCUAAAAGACAAGAAGCUCCAGAGGGAAAGGUUCAGAAGCUUGGAACGCUAGAGAGGAGAAAGGCGAAGUCUCGACGGGCUAUGUAUCCGCCAUUAUCAGUGGUUUUGAAUCCAGAUGAAAAAGAGACUCAAGAGGCAUUAGAAGGAAUUGUUCAAGCGGCCAACGAAACGGAACGCAACCCUCAGAAAAAGAUGCAGCUUAAAAUGGUGGACAUUUCGCUGGAUGAUGACACCCCGAUUCCUUCUUCUGAAAGGAAAGCUGCUGGUCAAACGAAGGCUGGCCCGAAGACGGUUUCAGUAGCAACCAAGAAUGAGCCAACUCCAUCACCCAGAUCGCCAACCUCACCAACAUCACCGGGGAACAAAAAACCUCCCGCAGGAUCUCUUGUGGCUGCACGGACGGCCAGAUUAACCAAUUUGAUCGCCAAUGACUUCCGUCCUCCAACAGUGAAAGAUAAAUGGGCCGAAAGAGAGGAAUGGAAGAAAUCGAGUCCAGUCAAAAACGACGCUGUGAAGAAGUUUGGGAAAGAGGAAGAAUUUGAGCCCACAGCCAGUCCUGGCGCUCAGCGGCGCUCGUUACCCAGAGUUCCCUCAGAGGAACCUUUUCACUCUACAAAGGAGACCACCAAGAUUGUUCAGCGCAAGCCGACAGGAAAGCCAAGGUUUCGGUUGGGUAAAGUUAGAAAGGAAAUUGGAGAAGAAAAAGAGGAGAAAAUCGGGAAAGAUUCAGUAGAUAUGGGAUUUGUGGUUCUUGAUCUGCACGAUGGUAUUAGUACGCCUGAGAAAGGUAUGUGGCAAACAGUUGUGUACGCAUGCAGCAGUUCAAACAUCCACAUUGCUGACCUAUCUUGAUCUGAUGCGAUGCAGAUCAUUUAAACUUCGAGUACUGAAGUUUGCCUGCAAUAAUGAAUGCAGGUUACUUAUUUGCAACCGCAAUGAUGACGAAAAAACAUGUUGUGUGACAAGUCUUUUUCUUUUUUUCAAUUUAUGACUCGUUGUUGUCCAUCCAGCUCUUUCUUCCCUCUUCUAACUCUUCAAAAUCUGCUUCUAUUUACUCUUAGAAGAAGCACUGAAUCUGAAAAAAGACGAUUCAGGAUUGUUCUCUGAAUCGAGUGGAGAUGAAAUGCUGGAUGAUAGUCCCAAAUUGCAACGAACAAAUGCUCGGCGGUUCGGCAAGGUAAGGUAUCUACUAUCAAUAUACAUUCUUUUGUUAGGUUCAUCUCAAUCACAGUACUUCUUGAUUUUAGGGUGUCCACUCCAAUUUACCUGGUAUUAUAGGAAAUAUUGUUUUCACUAUCGCUUGCGUAUGUAGCUUAAAUUUAGUGAAACCUACUUUUUUAAAAUUAAAUGUUUAUAACUGCUCGUUCAUAUUCCAGCCGGGAAGACGUGACACCGAGAUGCCGGAUGAUAAAGUGAAGCGACGAGAGCAAGCCAAGAUUCGUAGCGCGAUGAAGCAGCGAGAAUCGAAGCGACUGCGCAUGGCACAGUCAAUACAACGAGAACUGGAGGAAGUGGCCGUCAAACAAGCCGACUUAGAGCGUGAAGGAGUCGUUGUUGAGAAGACGCUCAGACAAGGAAACAGUGAGUUUCAAACGGUUACCCAGAGAAGUCUCUGCGGAACUUAAAGCUAACUGAUUACUUGAGUAGUCUGGUCACACAGAGUUCCCAUUUUCUCGGGAAGGAAAUAGAUUACAUGACUCUCCAAAUCCUUUUCCGCUUUGAGGCCGUUUUUCGUUUCGUCUCGCGGCGCUCUCUCCGCGACCAAAGAACAUCUACGAGGGAACCAAUUCAAGUGAAAGAAAGUUGCUUAGCCAAGAUUUCGUUUAUAACAAUCUUAUGAAACCACUUUCGUAGCUAAUCUACGGAUGUUAUUAUUUGGUUCAAGGCAGUUCACUGCGAUAUUAAUUAAUCUCUAUUUUAAAUCUUAGAUCAUUCAUUGGAAUUAUUCUGAGACGGCUUGUCUCACAAUGAAAAACGUUGGCGGCAAACGUUUCAUUGAAUUUGUAGAUUAUUGAUCUUGGUUUCGUCAUUGAGAUCUUGACUCGCCUUUCAUGUUUUGAACAGAUUCUGGUUCAGAGGAACAGCAGCUGAUGCUUCAGUGGUUCAAACUAGUGAACAGAAAGAACGCGCUGAUUCGAUAUGAGUCAGAACUGGUCAUUCAGUGAGUAUAAAGGGCCGUCAAACCGCUCUAAUAUGUUUCUAAAAUGUACUUCGCUCUAAUCUGUUAGCCUUUCUUCGGCCUUUCUGAUCCUUCGUCAAAUAAGCACGAAAAACUACAGGUACUUGGUUAUAGCCGGUUGCACGCUCCCUGGAGCCUGUGUCACCCACAAAGUAGUCUUAUUCUAUCCUUUUUUUCUGGAUUCAAGACUUCUUUUUUCUUCCCGGUUUGCACUGUAUUUUGCUGUGUGCUUCGAUCAAUUAUGAUCGUAAGUUAUUUAGGAGUGACGGGUAAUAGAUGCCGGAAAAAUGAAUAAUUGCCCAAUUGAGUUAAAAAAAAAAUCGCGAACCUUGUAGGAUUUGUAACGUAGAAAGGCAACAGGCCUCGUUAGAUAAUAAUAAAUGCAGCGUGAAUCCAAGAGAGUCUCAAUUUUUGUCUGUUUUAUUUACAGGGCAAACUCCAUUCAGCUUGAGGACCAACAAGGAAGACUAGAGCAGGAGAUUAGAGAACUCCUCAUGAAAGAUGGUAAGCUACACUGAUUGGUAUCCUUUUAAAAGAAUUAUGGCUGAAAUUAAAUGUUUGUAUUUAUUUAUUUAGAUCCAAGAAAGGAUGACAACAGAUCCAUACAGAAGAAGACCAAACAGCUUGUAGAUAUUGUGGAGCAGAGGAACGCAUUAGUGGAACUGUUGGACGAGGAGAGAAAGAGGUUUGUUGGACUGUGGAGAGGGGGGGGUCUUUUCCACCACUAUUGGUCUCUGAAAUAGUAGUUUUCAACUUCCUUCAGUAGUUCUGUGAUGUCUUUGACCACUUUGAACGCGUCGCCUCCUGGUGGGGUCGGAAAAAGAUUGUAUUUUCCUAUAGCGAACUUGGACAUUUUUGGUUGGAAGGACUGUGUUUUGAUUUAAACUUUCUCUCGCAGAGAGCAAGAAGAAGACAGGCUUUUUGAUGCCAUGAUUGAAGCGAAAGGUUAG